GACUCGCAGGCAGCAAAUACGGAGAGCGGAAAAGCGAGCCGGGAAAAGCGAGAAGGCAGUCCGCGAAGAGCUGCGUUGAAAAAGCACUGCACAUUAAAACACAUCGCAGCCGGAGCCCUGAGAUACGCACCGAGCAGCAGCAGCAGCACGAGCCAGCCGCGGGAGCAAGCAGAAGCAAACGCCAAGCGCAGUCUCUUUCUGAAUGUAUAUGCAUAAUAUCCUUAGCUUGAUUUAAACAUCUCCAGCUCACGCAUCAUGGUUUUUCAAACUAGGCUCCCUUCUUGGAUUAUUUUGUGUAACAUCUGGCUGCUUCAGUUUGCACACACGGGGGAAGCACAGGCUGCAAAAGAAGUAAUAUUGCUGGAUUCUAAAGCACAACAGACAGAUUUGGAAUGGAUUUCUUCUCCUCCCAAUGGGUGGGAAGAAAUCAGUGGACUGGAUGAAAACUAUACACCUAUACGAACAUACCAGGUAUGCCAAGUCAUGGAACCCAACCAAAAUAAUUGGCUGCGGACUAACUGGAUCACGAAAGGCAAUGCACAAAGGAUUUUUGUAGAACUAAAAUUCACUCUGAGGGAUUGUAAUAGCCUUCCUGGAGUCCUAGGGACAUGUAAAGAAACGUUCAACUUGCAUUAUUAUGAAACAGACUAUGACACUGGAAGGAGUAUCCGAGAAAGCCAGUAUGUAAAAAUAGACACUAUUGCGGCUGAUGAAAGCUUUACCCAAGGUGACCUUGGAGAAAGAAAAAUGAAACUCAAUACAGAAGUGAGAGAGAUUGGACCUCUGUCCAAAAAAGGAUUCUACCUUGCAUUUCAGGAUGUAGGGGCUUGUAUUGCUCUGGUUUCUGUCAAAGUGUACUAUAAGAAGUGCUGGUCCAUAAUUGAGAACUUAGCGAUUUUUCCAGACACAGUAACUGGGUCAGAGUUCUCCUCCUUAGUUGAGGUCCGAGGAACCUGUGUCAGUAGUGCGGAAGAAGAAGCAGAAAACUCUCCUAGAAUGCAUUGUAGUGCAGAAGGAGAAUGGUUAGUGCCAAUUGGGAAGUGUAUCUGCAAAGCUGGCUUCCAACAAAAAGGAGACACGUGCGAACCCUGCGGACGUGGAUUCUAUAAGUCAUCUUCACAAGAUUUGCAGUGUUCCCGCUGCCCAAUGCACAGUUUUUCAGACAGGGAAGGAUCUUCGCGAUGUGAUUGUGAAGACAGCUAUUAUAGAGCACCUACUGAUCCACCAUAUGUUGCAUGCACAAGACCGCCAUCUGCACCACAGAACCUUAUUUUCAAUAUUAACCAAACUACUGUGAGUUUGGAGUGGAGCCCUCCUGCUGAUAACGGAGGAAGAAAUGAUGUGACCUACAGGGUAUUAUGCAAGAGGUGCAGCUGGGAACAGGGUGAAUGUGUUCCCUGUGGGAGCAAUGUUGGAUAUAUGCCCCAGCAAACUGGAUUAGCAGACAACUAUGUCACCGUCAUGGACCUGUUAGCUCAUGCUAACUAUACUUUUGAAGUUGAAGCUUUAAAUGGUGUCUCUGACUUAAGCCGUUCCCAGAGGCUUUUUGCAGCUGUUACCGUUACCACUGGUCAAGCAGCUCCCUCGCAAGUUAGUGGUGUAAUGAAAGAAAAAGUGCUGCAAAGGAGUGUGGAGCUUUCCUGGCAGGAACCUGAGCAUCCCAAUGGAGUCAUCACAGAAUAUGAAAUCAAGUAUUAUGAGAAAGACCAAAGGGAGAGAACUUAUUCAACAGUGAAAACCAGAGCCACUUCUGCUUCGGUUAAUAAUCUGAAACCAGGAACUGUAUAUGUUUUCCAGAUUCGUGCUUUUACUGCUGCUGGCUAUGGAAAUUAUAGCCCUAGAUUAGAUGUUGCUACACUAGAAGAAGCCACAGCCACUGCCGUUUCCAGUGAACAGAAUCCUGUAAUCAUAAUAGCUGUGGUAGCUGUGGCAGGCACAAUCAUCCUGGUUUUCAUGGUUUUUGGCUUCAUCAUUGGGCGAAGACACUGUGGCUAUAGCAAAGCUGACCAAGAAGGAGAUGAAGAACUUUACUUUCAUUUUAAAUUUCCAGGCACCAAAACCUACAUUGACCCCGAAACCUACGAGGAUCCCAAUAGAGCAGUCCAUCAAUUCGCCAAGGAGUUAGAUGCUUCCUGUAUUAAAAUAGAGCGUGUGAUUGGUGCAGGAGAGUUUGGCGAAGUAUGCAGCGGUCGUCUAAAGCUUCCAGGCAAAAGAGAUGUUGCAGUGGCCAUUAAAACCUUAAAAGUGGGCUAUACUGAAAAACAAAGAAGGGAUUUUCUUUGUGAGGCAAGCAUCAUGGGACAGUUUGACCACCCCAAUGUAGUUCAUUUGGAAGGAGUUGUUACCAGAGGAAAACCAGUAAUGAUUGUAAUAGAAUACAUGGAGAAUGGAGCACUGGAUGCAUUUCUCAGGAAACAUGAUGGGCAGUUCACAGUAAUUCAGCUGGUUGGAAUGUUGAGAGGAAUUGCUGCUGGAAUGAGAUACUUGGCAGAUAUGGGAUACGUACACAGGGACUUAGCAGCACGCAAUAUUCUGGUCAAUAGCAAUCUUGUUUGCAAAGUAUCGGACUUUGGUCUAUCCAGAGUUAUAGAAGAUGAUCCUGAAGCUGUCUACACCACAACUGGUGGCAAAAUUCCAGUAAGAUGGACAGGUCCAGAAGCCAUACAGUACCGGAAAUUUACAUCAGCAAGUGAUGUAUGGAGUUAUGGAAUAGUCAUGUGGGAGGUGAUGUCUUAUGGAGAGAGGCCUUAUUGGGACAUGUCAAAUCAAGAUGUUAUAAAAGCAAUUGAAGAAGGGUAUCGUUUGCCAGCACCCAUGGACUGCCCAGCGGGCCUUCACCAGCUGAUGCUAGACUGCUGGCAGAAAGAACGUGCAGAAAGGCCAAAGUUCGAACAGAUUGUGGGCAUUCUGGAUAAAAUGAUUCGGAACCCAAAUAGCUUGAAGACUCCUUUAGGAACCUGUAGUAGACCAAUCAGCCCUCUACUGGACCAGAACACUCCUGAUUUCACAACAUUUUGCUCUGUAGGGGAAUGGUUGCAAGCAAUCAAGAUGGAAAGAUACAAGGAUAAUUUUUCUGCUGCAGGUUACAAUAACCUUGAGACAGUAGCCAGGAUGACUAUUGAUGACAUAAUGAGCUUAGGAAUCACAUUGGUUGGCCAUCAAAAGAAAAUCAUGAGCAGCAUUCAGACUAUGAGAGCACAAAUGUUACAUUUGCAUGGCACUGGCAUCCAAGUGUGAUGAGACAUUUCUCCCUUCCAAGGGAGGGGACAGACUUGAGAGAACAGUGCCAGCCUUCAGUCUUCAUGAAGUGCUGCUGGAAGACACGCGAUUUGACAGAGCCUUCAUGCAGAUGACAGAAGGCCCACCAGAAGCACCUACAGACUUGAACUCCUAAGUGCCACCAGAAAGUUACUUAAAAAGGGAAAACAGAUCUACUAAUGGCGGCAACAAAAGAAGUGACAAUAAACAAAGUACUACCUGAAACACCUACGAACACCUUGAACUCUCUAACCUCCUUUUUAUCUAAUGGACUUUUUAAAGUGUAUAUAAAGGAUUUUAAAAGAAAGAAUAUAUUUGUCAGAUAAAAUCAUGAUAUUGUUAAAAGUCAACAAAUAUUUUCCUUAAAACUUUCAUUUCAAACUUGUUUUAGGAAAUCAGUUGUGUUCCUUUUUCAUAUAGAUCUUCUUUUUAGUGAUGCAUUUAUAUUUGACCUUCUUAGUGCUAAGCAUAUGACACAUUAUUACACUGGGGAGUUUUGAAAGAUUGUACAAGUUUCUAUAGCCACAAAAAGUGUAACAGGGAAAUGUGUAUCAGGCUAGCUACUGGGUGGGUGAAGCAGAGUUGGCCAGGAUUUUUUUUCUUUUUCUAAUUUUGGCAUCUAUUUUUGUCUGUUUAUUCCACACCACAUUGAUGUGGUUUGCUAAUUGGCAGGAAAUCAGGAAAAAAAAAUCAUUGCCAAGAGUUCUGAUAUUUUUUAAAAUAAUUUUGUAUAAGUAAAUCACACACUCUUCUUUAAACAGAAAAUGAAUAAAAUGGUGAACCUAGCAAUAAUGUUCCCUAAAAAUGCCUAGGCACUUUUUAAGAAAUGGUUUGAAAGAUGGUUUUAGUAGGUUGCCUGGGUUAAAGGAAACUCUACAACUGCAACUUUAAAUGGGUUGAAGCCCUUUCAUGGAAUGAUUGAUGGUGCAGUAGGUGUAUAAAGAGAACAAGUACAAGUACUAUAGUGUUGCUUAGCCUUUUAAUCAGAGCACAUUGGGUGUUUGUUCUUGCAGGGGAUUGGGUGUCUUUUUUAUUUUUUAUUUUUUUCAACAAUGUACAUUAGAAGGUUUAGGAGAAAUAAUAAGCAUAUGGCUAAUAUGAGAUUAAGAUGAAUGUAGUCCCUCUUGCAGAAGUAAGAAUGUGAGGAUGCAAUCCAGAGAAGAGUAGGCUUUCCUACACCGCAUAUAAAUUCAGAAGAAAUUGCAGUCAGGUGUUUGGAUACACUCUGUUUUUAUCAGCUAGGGCUUAUUUUUGGUCCGUACUUCUACCAAUCAUGCUGUUUGAAACGUGGGUAGGCAGAUGAUCUCACUGGUAGAUUGCCUUCCUUGUCAUAGACAACCUCAUCUAUAGUGGCAAGCAAUGACAGGAACCCAGUCUGCAGCAAUUCACAUAAUUCUUACCAGUGUUGAUAGUAAUAAUGUACAAGCCAGAUUUCAGGGUUCCAAGUAACAACCCAUAUGAAAUCAGAACACCAGGGUUGACAACAGGUAUACAUAUCUUUCUCUGGUUCACACUUUGGGACAAGCCCAGUUCAGAACGGGGAAGUCAUACACGUUGAAAUGAAUGUGAUUUCAAAAACGUAAUCAUGCUCUGAAGGUCCUAGGAUCUCAUGGGCCCUAAAUCUCUUACCCAUCAUUCUCUGGAUUGCAGUUCUCUUGUGCAAGCUCUAAUGAAAUGAGUGACAGACGGACAACAGAUUACAGGGCUUGCACGGGACAUGUUCCUAUCAGAUGGUGCCUUUGGAUUUUCUAUUACAGGUGUAGGAAUAUAAGGCAAGUGGCACUUCAACAUUUCAUUGUGUGCGUGUGUGUUAAUGAGCUGCUCUAGGCGCAUGCAUUCAGAACUUCUGACUGAAAGACGAUGGCUGAGUGAGAUAACCCUUUUUUUAAAAAAAAAUACCAGUUUUAAUUUAAUAUAUGUGUACUUGAGUUGAGUGAAAUAUAUAAUUACCAUAAGCAAUAACAAAGUGUGUCGCAGGACUAUAUAUGAAACAGGUGACUAAUGCUGUCAAAAAUAUGAAAAUCGUGAGCUACCCAGCAGUGAAUAGCUGUACUUCCAAAGAGAACUGGGAUGCUUCUAUUGGUUUUCAUUGAGAAAGAUCCCAGGGAUCAGUCAUAUAAAUUAAGACUUGUUUGAUAAUGUGGGCAUCCACAAAAAGAAAAGAAAAAAAUGGAAAAAAAAACCUGUAAAUGUUCCUUUGUAAAACUUGUACAUUUUAUUUAUACUGUCUUGUUUUGUACACACAUUUAUGUGCAGUGAGCUCUGAAUACAUUGAAAAUGCACUAUAUUUUUCUAUUUUACUUAACAGAGCAUCACAAAAAGGAACAAGUUUUUCAGUGCUAUAUAAUGUGUUUUCCCACGUUUAGGACCAAAGAUAGUUACAAAGAAUUCAAAUAGGUAAUUUGCCCUUCCUCCCAUUUUCUUUUUUUCCUUUUAGAGCACUGUACAAUGUUUUAUUUGUUGUUUUAUUUAUUUAUUUUGUUAGAAAAAUAAUUUUGAUUAUGCUAAUUUUUUCUUCUUUCACCCUUUGUUAAAGAAAUCUGUAAAAAAGAUAAACAAAAAUAUUUGAAUUAACAUAAUCCCAU